AUGUAUUGGCCCGUUGCGACUCCCCGGAUAUACGCAACCACCAGCCAAGCUCCGUCCAGGCCAAAAGCUGUGCUAUCUCACGAUGGCACUGAUUCUGCGCUUGCCGACGACAACGGCUCUAUCCUGACGCUUGAGUCGGCGGCCUUGAAACCGACAGAAACCAGUCCCGGUGAAACACCGCCUGCUCCUCCCACUCCGUUGACCCCAGGGCUCUUCUCUCCACGAACUCCUGGUAUCAACUCGGUUGAACAUGAGUUCCCGCUCCAUGCAAGCGCACAAAGCUCCCAAGAGCAGCUUGAGAGCUCCAGAGAAGCAUAUAUGCCAACUGGGGAGCCCAUCAUUGCUCUGAAGGUUUCCAGAACCGGUCAUCUGUUCGCCACCAUCACAUCAACGACCAUGACAGUUUGGCAAACCAAACCCACCGUUGUACUUGUUGUAGUGGUGCGCUCCAAAGCUUCCAUACGGUCCUACGGCACCAACGUAGCCCUCCUCCUGCGUCCCGACUCUGCCAUCUUCGUCGUCCAGACAAGCUCAGGUUACCUUAUUACAUAUUCUCUUGCCACAGAUGCCGAUUCGCGAGUGUAUAAACCCCACUUCUCAGACCACACAAACAUCCAAAGACGCCGACAGAGUCACUUCGGAGGGCCCGGGAAUUCCUCCCCAGACCAGAUCUUCCUUGGCCCGGGAGAAGGCUCCGGUGUCCGAGACAUCAGUGUUCGAUUCCGGAGGGUCAUCAAGGUGGACGCCGGCAUCGAACAUGUGCUCGCGCUCGAAGACGAACUGGUGGUAGCCACAAAGAAACCAGCUGCGGUCCAAUGCAUCCGGUGGACCCCGGACAGCACUGGCAGUCAGACAAGCACCGAGCUGGUCAGUCGUAUGGGCUGGCUGGAAAAGAAGAUAUCCAUCAAAGAGAUGACACAUGAUCGACCCAUGAACCUGUCUACUUGGAUCACAAGUGAUGGCAAAGCUUACGCUAUACAGCGCACUUCAGCUUCACAAGGGCCUUCACAAGAUGACGAGCUUGGCCCUAAACGGCUUUUCAAAGGCCACUGCUUUCAUACCCCUGAAGAUGAAAAUUCCCGUGCUAUCAGAGCGAUCGUAAACGCCAGGUUCUCAUUAAUUGCUGUAGGAUGUGCUGACGGCAGUGUGCGCGUUUAUUCCGUGCGAGAUUAUUCUGGCAACAUUCCAUCUUCUCACGUACACAAAACCUCCGUCUCCAGGCAGUCUUCCGGGGCACUUACUACAAUCACCUAUUCGCCCGAUGGUUACUGCCUCUUUGCCGGUUAUGAAAACGGUUGGGCAACUUGGAGUGUAUUUGGCAAAUCGCUAAGUACAAGUUUUGGGGCCAAUCCGUCGAUCACGGAAAUCAACAAAGAAGAUUGGAUAUCUGGUGUUGCGGAUGCCUCCUGGAUAGGAGGCGCUUGCGAGAUCCUUAUGGUAGGCCGCCAGGGUGAAGCCGUAUGGCUUCUUGAAAUGGCUCGCAGUGCGGUGACAGGAUGCUACAGUCCUCCAAAUCUGUUUCGAACUGUUCUGCAGACGUCUUCUAGUGUCAUGGUCUACAGGGGAUAUGAUCUCCCGGAUUUGACCAGUAUCUCCGCGGAACCGUUCUUGUGGCAUACGGCGAGGAUACCCUCGAACUAUCUCCUAAAUCAAUGGCCUAUUAGAUCCACCAUAAUAUCAUCGGAUGGAAGAUAUGUGGCCGUUGCUGGUAGACGAGGUCUUGCACACUACAGCAUCAACAGUGGCCGAUGGAAAACAUUUGCAAACGAUGCUGCAGAAAACGAGUUCGUCGUUAGAGGUGGCAUGUGCUGGUAUCAGCAUAUCCUUGUCGCAGCAGUAGAAGCCAAUCGGUCGUACGAAUUACGACUCUAUUCGAGAGAAGCGGCUCUUGAUAGUGGCACAGCCAUGUUCACCCAACAGUUACCGGCCCCAAUCGUACUAAUUACUCCUUCUGGGGACGACUCCCUACUAGUCUAUACAUAUGAAAACCUGCUGUACCACUUUGUCUUUGUCCCGGUCGGUAACACGAUUCGUCCUGUUCAAGUCGGCCAGAUCGCAUUCCACGGUAUAGUCAGGUCGCCUGCCAGAGUCAGGGGUCUGAGUUGGAUACUGCCAGAGAGCCAAUUACUCGAUGGAGAUCCAUCCCAAGAUGUUGCUGUCGCAUCAGUCUUGUUUCUGGUUGAUGGCAAGCUCGUAUUACUACAACCAUCGCUUAACGGCGAGGGUCAUCUAAAGUACGACAUGCGCGUUAUAUCUCAGAAUGUCGAGUUCUAUAUUAGCAUGCGAGAUCAGUCUGCCGUGUACAAGCUUCACGAUUCAAACAGUCAUUUCUCAGCGGAAACCGAAGAAUCAUGUCUGAGGAGCUCCUUGUGGGUGUUUGAAGGGAACGACCUCAAGGGGUGGCCGGAUGUUCAAGAGGUUCUUCAAGCAGCAACGAACUCAACGAAUGAACUGCCGCCAACAAUGAACAUGCCGCUUGAUUUCUACCCCUUGUCGCUACUUUUAGGUAAGGCGAUCGUGCUUGGUGUGGAGCCAGACUUGGUGCAGCGGAGAGACAUCACCUUCUCCUUCUUCCGCUUUUCGAUCAGGACACACCUGUUUCUUCCGGAAGUGCUCCGGUUUCACCUGACUACUAACAACUCUCUGGGUGCGCUCAAGCUGGCGCAAAAUUACCAAGACCUAGAAUACUUUGCACAUGGGUUAGAAAUCCUCCUGCACCACGUCCUCGAUGAGGAAGUUGAUUCGGCACCAGCACCGGAAGCAGCGAUUCUGCCUCGAGUGUUGUCGCUGUUGUCGUCGUUCAAGCAAUACCUGGACAUCGUGGUGCAAUGCACGCGAAAGACAGAAGUCAGAUCUUGGCGAACACUCUUUGCGUAUCUUCCUCCACCUGGAGAGCUCUUCGAAGAAUCGCUUCAGCGGGGCUCGCUCAAGACUGCGGGCGGUUAUUUGCUGAUAUUGCAUACAUUUGAGGAGCUGGGGCAGGCGUCGGAGCAAUCUGUACGUCUCUUUUCGCGAGCUAUCCGCGAGGAGGACUGGGAGCUCUGCAAGGAAUUGGCACGGUUCCUGGCGGCCAUGGAUGAGAGCGGCGAGACGUUGCGUGAAGCUAUGCAGCUGGUCAAUCUCAGGGUGGAGCAGGAUAAAGACGAGCUGCCAGGGCUUAUGGCCAGACUAGAGGUGCCUUCUCGACGGUUUAACGGAGGCUCUCGACGGGACUCGGAGACGGGAUCAGAUACUCAGUCCGCAAGUGAUGGAAGCAGCUUUGGGACAGCUAGCCCUGCAUAA